CUUUCCGGUGGCUCUCUUGUUGGGAUCCACCACGCGCCGGGGCAGGUGAGUAGGCGCAGUCGCUUUCCUUGUUUUUAGGGCAAGGGACACUUGGCUUUUACUCCCCAAAAGGAUGGAAGGCGUGGGCGGCUCGGUGCUGUUGUGAAUGCCUGGCCGAAGACGUGAUCCCAGCGGAGUAGAAUAGCCGAGCAUCCCAGCUCUUCUAGCCUGCUCCCGGGCUCCAGUGUUGAACCUGAGCAAGGCUGCUUCCCUCCAGGCCUGGGGCUGGGUGCAACCUCCCUCAUUCCUCGUGUCUGACUCAGGACAAGCGGAUCCCACCCUCCAGAUCUCAUGGAGGCGGUGACCUUUGGCGACGUGGCUGUGCACUUCUCUCGAGAGGAGUGGCAGUGUCUGGAUUCUGGUCAGAGGGCCCUCUACAAGGAGGUGAUGCUGGAGAACCACAGCAGCGUGGCAGGACUAGCAGGAUUCCUGGUCUUUAAGCCGGAAUUGAUCUCCCGGCUGGAGCAAGGACAAGAGCCGUGGGUCCUUGAUCUACAGGGAGCAGAGGGGACAGAGGCACCAAGGAUUUGCCAGACAGGUAGUAAGCUGUCGAUGUGGGAAGUCAGCGUGGAAGAUGGCGCACAAACAGUGGAGGAACACUGUCACUCUGUCAUUCUGUUACUCUGUUACUGGCUAGCUGGGGUUGAGCUUGCUUGCUUAUACAGCCCAGACGCAGGUGCCCAGUAGUGACGCUGCCCAUUUCCAUAAUCAGUCGUCAAUCAAGACAGUCUCACAAACUGAUCUGGAGUUGCUGAGGUUUCCCUCGAUGGUGCCAGUCUGUCAGUAAAAACUAACCGUCACACCUAUAGCAGCAAGGUUUGCCUGGCAUGGGUUUGCGGUUUGGGUCCGUCUCCAAGAAGCCUGCCUUGGAGGACAGCCACGGACAGGUUGAGCACCCUCUUCUGCUCUGGGCCAUCCUGCUAAGACAUACCACCUCUUUCUUCUUCAGCCUCGAUCUCAUUCCUGUAUUUUGGUCACACCCCCUUUUGUCCUUACUUGUCUGAUAGCAUGCUUGGGAGGUGGGGUGUCCUCUGACGAAUUCUAGACUGACAUUCUGUCCUCUGGCUUGCUCUGUCCUGCCUCAUUUUGCACACUGUAGAGUAUUCCUCGGUGCCCGAUAGGGUGGGCCCUUUUAGGACUUGGAGCGCUCAGCACUCUGUCCUGUAGGCAUAAGCAUAUCAACGCUGUCCAGUGAACUAAAUUGUGAGGAUUUCCCUUUGUAUCUCCUUGCUAUACUUUGCACUUGGGCUGUUCCCCACAUCCCUGGCCAGCUCUGCCCUUUUGCAGACCUCAGAUGUAAGGAACAUUUUUUUUUUUUACUUUGUGUUUAUUUCAGACUCCGCUAUUAGAACUGAUCGCAAGCAGACCUGUGAGUACACGAGCCUCCUCCAAAGGCAGAUUCCUGGCUUUGGAGACAAUUUGGAUUCUAAGGUCUGGUCAGAGAAUUGCCCAAGAAGCCUUGGGCUAAGCGUGAGUGGCUCACUUUUCCAGAAGCACCGUUUGAAUAGCGAGGCCGUGAUGCCCAAGAACUCCACAAAGGAUGCUGUCCAAGAACGUAAGGAGCUGCAGGCCACCGAUGUGGGUUAUCGGCCUGAUGACCAGAGAGACCACCUGAGCUCAAAACUGAUUCGGCGUCAAAGCGUUCCUACCGGAGAGAACCGUUACCCAUGUGAAGAGUGUGGCAAAGCUUUCAGGUGGCGCUCUCGCCUGAAUCAGCACAAACUGAGCCACACUGGAGAGAAAUCUUAUCAGUGCAAUAAGUGUACAAAAGUCUUCGCUUCUAGCUCGCGACUGAUUCGCCAUCAGAGAGCUCACACCGGAGAAAAGCCGUUUAAAUGUGACCAGUGUGGGAAGCGCUUCGUCCUGGCCUCGGUACUCACUCAGCAUCAGAGGAUCCACACCGGAGAGAGGCCAUUUAAAUGUGCCGAGUGCGGGAAAGGUUUCCACCUGAGCGCAAAGCUGGUUCAGCAUCAAAGAAUUCAUACUGGAGAGAAGCCUUACCGAUGUGAGGAGUGUGGGAAAACCUUUGGUCAGAGCUCAAGCCUUGUCCAUCAUCAGAGAAUCCACACCGGAGAGAGGCCCUUCAUUUGUCAAGAGUGCGGGAAAGCCUUCUGCCAGCGCUCACAGCUCAGCAGACACCGGAGGACGCACACUGGAGAGAGGCCCUACUCCUGCCAGGAGUGUGGCAAGGCCUUCUGCCAGAGAGCAACUCUAGCCCAGCAUCAGAAGAUGAUGCAUACAGCGGAGAAAUCUCAAAUGCCGAGAGCCUCAGAGAGCCCAAGCCUUAUUGCCUGUCAGGGAAAUACCACUGAAGAGAAGCCAUUUAAGUGUGAGCAGUGUGGCAAAGCUUUCAGGUGGCUCUCUCGCCUGAAUCAGCACCAGGUGGUCCAUUCUGGAGAGAAACCUUACCAGUGCAACAAGUGCUCGAAAGCCUUUGGCUGUACCUCACGACUGAUUCGCCACCAGAGAACUCACACCGGAGAAAAGCCCUUUAAAUGUGACGAAUGUGGCAAGCGCUUCGUCCAGAGCUCACACCUUAUUCAGCAUCAGCGAAUCCACACGGGAGAGAAGCCUUACGUGUGUGAUGACUGUGGGAGAGCUUUUACCCAGAGCUCCAGCCUCAUUUACCACCAGAGGAUCCAUAAGGGAGAGAAGCCAUAUAAAUGCAGCCAGUGUGGCAAAGCCUUCAGCAUGAGCACACAGCUCACCAGCCAUCAGAGGACUCACACCGGGGAGAGACCUUAUACGUGUAACGAGUGUGGGAAGACCUUCCGUCAAAACUCAACCCUUUUCCAACACCAGAUAAUUCAUGUUAGAGUAAAGCCCUAUGAGUGUAAUGAGUGUGGAAAGGCCUUCAGCCGGAGCUCAUACCUUAUUGAACACCAGAGAAUACACACUAGAGCCCAGGGGGGCCAUGAAUUUGGGGACACCCCUGAAAGUCCCACCGUUUUGAACCAUAAAAAAGUGCACACUGUAAAAAAGUUGUACCAGUGUGACGACUGCGAUAAGGUCUUCAGGUGGCGUUCGUACCUGAUUAUCCACCAGCGGAUUCACACAGGAGAGAGGCCUUAUAAAUGUAAUGCCUGUGGCAAGGCUUUUCAUCAGAUCGCAAAGCUCACUCAGCACCAAAAACUUCACAUGAGAUAAAUCAUUUCCCUAAAUGUCUUGGUUACUUCUCUCUUGGCUGUGAUGGCACCAUGAGUGACCAAGGCAGCUUAGACAAGAGUUCUCGUGGGGCUUACAGUGGAGCGUUAGUUUCAGAGAUUGUUCACGGCAGUCUUGGCAGGGAGCAGGGCGGCAGGAAGGCCUGAUGUUAGAGCAGUCGCUUAGAGCUCACAUCGUGAGACAGCCAGUUACUAGGCAGAGAGAUCUAACUGGAAAUGGUGAGAGGUUUUAAAAAACCUCAAAGCUGGCCUCCCAGUUACCUCCUCUAAAGAGGGCAUACCUCCUAAUAAUUGCCAAACAGUUCCACCAACUGAGGACCACAUGUUGGAACAUAUGAGCCCCUGGAAUUUGUUCUCAUCCAAACCACCACACUAAAAGUAAUGUAACUAUGAAUAAGCCAGAAGCCUUAUUUAAUUUGGGUAAUUUAUGCUAUCAGAGACUUGAGGAUGCUAGGAAGAUUCAGAUUUGUUCUUAAAGAAUAGUCUACUUAGGAAAUGUUUUAUUCGUUUCUGUAAUAUUUUACCAUUUACCCAUUAAAUAAAAGUGUGUGUCACACUAAA